UUGACUUUGUAUUUUACAAUCAUGGCACGACAACAUGAACAGCUGAAUAUUAGCCUUGAUGAAAACAAUCUUGAAAAAAGUGCACAAGCUAUUUUAGAUGUAAUACGACCUCAAUGGAAAACAGAUAACAUAAAAUUUAAGCAUUUCACCGAAGGUAUAACUAACAAGCUGAUAGGAUGUUAUGAAGCAGACAAAGGAUUUGGUUGUGAUGUGGUGCUAAUACGAAUAUAUGGUGCUAAUACAGAUCUGAUUAUAGAUAGAGAUACAGAGAAAAAUAAUAUUAUAUUUCUGUCAGAGCAUGGGCUGUGUCCGCCUCUUUAUGCUGAGUUUAAUAAUGGUGUGGCUUAUGGAUUCUCUCCCGGACAAACACUGGACCCAGAAUCAGUUAGAAGAUACAGAGUACAAAUUGCCAAGGAGAUGGUAAAGUUACAUUCUUUGAAGCCAAAAUCAGGGUCUCCACCAUCUGCAGGUUUAUUUCCCAAACUUGAGAAGUGGUUGGCUAUAGCACCAACUGGGUAUGAACAACCGGAAAAAAAUGAAAGAUUUAAAAAACAUGUUGGAUCUAUAGAUAGGCUGAUGAAGGAAUAUGAAGAACUGAAGAAGACAAUAGAAUCUUUACAUGCUCCUGCUGUCAUGAGUCACAAUGAUCUCUUGUUAAAAAAUCUAGUUUAUGAUCAAGCUACAGACAAAAUAAGUCUUAUAGAUCACGAGUAUGCAAUGUUCAAUUACCAACCUUAUGAUAUAGGAAAUCAUUUCUGUGAAUAUGCAGGUGUAGAUGAGGUAGAUUUCAGCAGGUACCCAAACAAAGAGUACCAGUUAUCGUGGCUACGUACAUAUUUAGAAGAAUGGAAUAAACAAAACAAUAUUAAAUCUGCUGUGACUGAUGAAGAGGUUGAUAAGCUGUACAGACAAGUAAAUAAGUGUGCUUUGGCAGCCCAUUUUUUCUGGGGAGUUUGGGCUUUGAUACAGUCAAAAUAUUCCGCUAUAGAUUUUGACUAUUUAGACUAUGCCAUAAUGAAAUUGAAUGAGUACUUUGCAAGGAAGGAAGAAUUUUUAGCACUUUGAAAUAAUGUAGGGUUGACAAUAUUUUUAUGGUAGAGGAUUUAAAUUAUAUUUUUAAUAUCAAAUAUUUUAUUUUGUUUUACACUCUUCUAGAGGAGUUUCUUUUUUACUGAUAUUUGUUAUUCAUUUUGAGAAAGUUACAUUUUCUGAAUACAUUUUGUAUUUGUCUAUAUUUAAAAAUCUAAUAUUUUCAAUUGUGACCAUACUCAGGUAUUUGUGAAUUCUAUAACUGUGACUGCACUCUGUUAUUGUCAAGAGUAUCAUUGUAUUAAAUUAUCUGUGUUGCAUUUACAAAGUUUUCAAACUUCAUACAAAUAUCAAAAAUAUGUUUUAUUAUAAUAUUACAUUAUGAAAGAUAUAAAUACUUGUGUAAGAUUUUUUUGAGUAACACGUAAUACUGUAACAAAUUGUUUUUAUUCUCAUUGUUAUUGGUUUAAAAUCUAAAUAAAAACAUUAGUUAUUGCAUGUAGUAGUUUUAAAGUUGUAGUUUUAAGUUAAGUUGGUUGGUUGGCUUGGGAAAUGCAACUAGAAUUUUGAUUUAGCAUGGUUAGUAAACAUAUUUCAUAGCCCUUUCCUAAUAGACAGAUCAUCAUUUAGAUUGUAUAAGUUUUGGUGCUAAAGUGUUUUUAUAUCUUGUAGUAUAUGUAUCCUAUAACUAAGUCAGUAUUUACAAAAAAAAUAAUGUAAACCAUAGACAUGUUUGCUCAAUAUAUAUAUACAUGUAUAACCAGUUCCUCUUCAAUCGUUUUAUUGUUGCAAAGGGGUAAUAUGCAUGUUUUUACUUGUUUUUUAAUCUCAUAUAUCUAUAUAUUUACCAAUUUUAUGAAGAUGUUCUAAAUUCUAAACCUUGUGUCUGAUCCUUUAAUCAUCAAUUAUAUAGUGUUGACUCUUUAGAAUGUGAGGUAUUUGAUUUCACUUUCAUGCCAAAUCUUCGCCAAAAUUGAAUUGAUAUCUUCACAACAAAUAAAUACAAAAAAAAUAGUGACAAAAAAAGUUUUAUCUAAAGAUUUUUUUUAUAAAAUUAUAUUUUAAAGAAAAAAAGUCAUUCCUUAAUUAUUUCUAUCAAAAUCCUUGACUUGUUUUCCAUAAAUUGUUUCAUAUUGGUCAUGAAAAAGAUGAAAAACCAGACUAAUUUUCCAACUAUCAUUGGCUUAAUAAUUUUACUAAACCUUUUAAAUCCAUGACAUUUUUGUGGCUUCAAUAAUUUGGGUUAUUUAAUUUUCAACACCCAAUUAUAGUUGUUAUGACAAUUAGAUCAGAAAGACCUACAUCAACAUAUAUAAUUUUAAAGGUUAUGCAAAACAGUGUUUAUGUUUUUCAAAUAUUCCAUAAUUAGUGUUUUUUAUAAUAAACAAUUCCUUGAUUCAUAGCUUUUAAUUUUGUUAGUGAUUGACUUCCCUUUUUUGAAUUUUUAUACUUUUAAACCUUUACUUGUUAAACUCGUGUAGUAAUCGUUGUGAUAAGAGUGCUGUAAAUUCAGAAAUUAAUACGAGGUUUUUAUUAUUGCGAAAAAUGCGACUAAGUUGUAAACGCAAUAAUUUAAACUCGCAUUUUGAAAUAUUUUAUAUGC